UUAACGGCGACGCUCUUCUUGUUGCCAUGUCUCGUCAUCCUGGAGCGCUGCGUUGCUGAUGGAUCGCUGUUUGCGCUGCAUCCGGCGCUCAAUGUGCUUGCAACACUCGUUUGCCUGCCCGCUGCCCUACAAGCCAUGUUGCAACGAAAGGAAGAGAAGAGUCACGCGAAGCGUGUCUGCCUGACAAAACUGCAUCUCUUUCUGAACGUGUUGGCCGGAGUGUUGGUGGCUGUUGCCGGCGCUGCUGUGUAUAUCGCCAAGCGCGAUGCGGGUGGCGAACACCUUACGACGCCGCACUCGUGGGCGGCUCUGGUUACGGGCAUGCUCUUCACCCUCAACGUUUUCCAAGGUCUGCUGCUGACAUUCGAGGGACCGAAGGCGAACUGGCAGUGGAAGGAUGAGACCCACGUUCUAACAGGUGUAUUGGUCUACAUCGGCAGCGUUGUUACCAUGCUAUAUGGGUUACAAACGAGCUCAUGGGGCGUCCAGAACUUCAGUCCAGAGCGCCAAUUCCAGCUUAUAGUGCUCGUCAUCGCAGCGCAUGUAGCACUAGUCGGGAGAGCGCUCGUGCUGCAGCGUCAAAAGAACGAUACGCAAAUUAAAGUGGCCAAGGUCGCCUGAAGCCCAUGCGAGUUAGCCGGGCUGGCGUACCGGAAUCUUUAAGUGAUGACAUGGUGGUCGUGAUUGGCGUGACAUCAUGCAAGGUUACAAAAUAGUGUAACCAAUACAAAAUACUGUCAAUUUAACG